ACUCCGCAGAACACACACCCUACUCCGAGAUGAAGCUGUUCAUCGUUGCUGCCGUCCUGGCCGUUGCUGCUGCCGACAGGCUGCCCGCCCCGCGUUCAUACUCUGUCCCCGCUCCGCCCUCGUACUCUGCCCCCGCUCAGCCUUCGUACUCUGCCCUCGCCCAGCCUUCGUACCCUGCUCCUGCUCAGCCCUCUUACUCCGCUCCUGCUGCCCCCAAGUACUCCCCCAAGGUGAUCGAGAUCCUGAGCCAGGAGUUUGACCUGCGUGACGACCAGUCCUACGAUUCCAGCUUCCAGACUGAGAACGGCAUCUACGCCUCCGAGUCUGGCCAGGCCGUGGCCGGCUACGGAGAUGAGCAGAGCUACGCCGUCCAGGGCCAGUACAGCUACACCGGCGACGACGGUGUCAGCUACACCGUGACGUACGUGGUCGACGCCAACGGCUUCCAGCCACAGGGUGACCACCUGCCGACCCCCGUGCCCACCGAGUACCCGACCCCGGAGGUGCCGGCGACCCAGGCCAGCUACCAGGCUGCCCCUGCUCCCAGCUACCAGGCCGCCCCCGCACCGCAGUACCAGCCCACAUACCAGUGACUCUGAGUGCAGUCCUUUCUUUUCAUUCUUUGGAUGAGAACAGUAUACACCGACUACACUUAUAUGUUUGUCUAUUUAUUGCGAUGCUUGAAACGAGUGUUAUGUUUGAU